AUGGCGACGCACCGCUUCGACCCCACCUUCACUGAUAGGGUCAUCGAGUCGAUGGGCCCAAAGACCUCACCGCGCAUGCGCCAGCUUAUGACCGGGCUGAUCCGCCACAUGCACGACUAUGCGCGCGAGGAGGAACUCACCGUCGACGAGUGGAUGGCGGGCGUGAAGAUGCUCAAUUGGGCUGGACAAAUGAGCGACGACAAGCGCAACGAAGGUCAACUGGUGUGCGACGUCUUCGGACUUGAAUCUCUCGUCGACGAAAUCACCUUCAAGCUCGCCGAGGAAGCUAAAGAUGCGCCCACCGCCACAGCCAUCCUGGGUCCCUUCUUCCGCGCUGAUACACCCUGGCGCCAGAAUGGCGAGGAUAUCGUCAAGUCUAAGCCUGCUGAUGCUGAGAUGGCCUUUAUGCAGGGUCGUGUGAUGGACUUCCAGACUAAGAAGCCGCUUGUUGGUGCCGCUGUCGAAGUGUGGCAGGCUUCCACGAAUGGAUUGUAUGAGCAGCAGGAUCCCGAGCAGGUUGAAUUCAACCUGCGCGGCAAGUUCAAGACUGAUGAGGAGGGUCGCUACUGGUUCUACUGCCUGCGCCCGACACCUUACCCUGUUCCUAAUGAUGGUCCUGCUGGCAAGUUGCUUGAGCUGAUGGAUCGUCACCCCUUCCGUCCUGCUCAUAUUCAUAUUCUUGCUACUUGUGAAGGCUACCGUCCCCUCACUACCCAGAUCUUCGAUCGCAAGGAUAAGUACCUGGACAAUGACUCUGUCUUUGCUGUGAAGGACUCCCUCGUUGUGGACUUUGUGCCACGCAAGGAUGAUCCCGAGGCUGGGCUUGAGCUUAACUAUGAUGUUAAGCUGGUCAAGGAUGGGACUACCAACAGCGUAUAA